UUCGCGCACACAAAGUGCUGGAAAAAAAUUUAGAAUAGGACAUUACUGUGAAAAUAAAGAAAAAUGGGAGACGAAGACGGCGAAAAGGGUUAUAGAUGGGAAACAGAAUAUGAAAAGACUUGGGAAGCAAUCCGUGAAGAUGAUGAGGGAUCCCUACAAACAAGUAUUGAUGACAUUGUACACAAGGCAAAGCGUAGAAGGUUACUCGAGAAAAUUGGCAGUGUUAGGUUAGGAAUGAUGAGACAUUUAUUUUUGAUAUUGGACAUGUCAGAAUCAAUGCAAGAUCAAGAUCUGAAACCAACAAGAUUGAUUUCAACUCUGAAGCUUCUUGAACACUUUGUUGAGGAAUACUUUGACCAGAACCCUAUCAGUCAGCUUGGAAUGAUUGGGACAAGAAAUAAACGAGCAGAGAAAAUAGCUGAACUUGGAGGUAAUCCCAGAAGACAUGUAUCUACCUUACAGUCUUUAGUAAAAUCUACCUGUCAGGGAGAACCUUCUUUACAAAACUCUUUAGAACUUGCCAGGAAUACUUUGAGAAAUAUGCCAGGUCAUGCUAGUCGUGAAGUUUUAAUCAUUUUUGGAAGUUUGACAACAUGUGAUCCUGGUAAUGUUAUGGAAACCAUUCAGACAAUGAAAGACACAAAUAUAAGAUGUUCUGUAAUUGGUCUUGCUGCAGAAAUCAGGGUCUGUAAAAAGCUUUGUAUGGAUACUAAUGGGAUUUAUAAUGUUAUACUAGAUGAAAAUCAUUUCAAGGACUUACUGUUGCAACAUAUAGAUCCUCCACCAGCUACAGCCAAUACAGAGGCAUCUUUAAUAAGAAUGGGUUUUCCUCACCAUCUGUUAGGAGGAUCUAAAGACAAAGAAGAAAUGCCUUCUAUGUGUAUGUGCCAUUUAGACAGUAAAACUAAUGAAGGAUUUGGAGGGAGUGGUUACUUUUGUCCACAGUGUAAAAGUAAAUAUUGUGAACUGCCUGUGGAAUGCAAAGCAUGUGGAUUAACCUUGGUAUCAGCUCCCCACCUAGCCAGAUCAUACCAUCAUUUGUUCCCAUUAGAACCUUUUAAAGAAAUAACGUCAGACAUGAACACAGAGUAUGGAAAUAUAAUGUGUUACUCAUGUAGAGUCGACUUCAAGAAGCAAACCGUAUACAUGUGUGAAAAAUGUCAACAAAUUUAUUGUGUGGACUGUGACUUAUUUAUUCAUGAGACACUUCAUUCAUGUCCAGGAUGUGCUAGUUCAAGGGCCACUCAACAAAUGUCAAAGAUCGUUUGAUAUUUGACAGAAAAAACACUAGGCAGUAAAAUGCCAACUUCACGCGAACUCUUGCAACUGGACGUUAAGAAAGCAACAUUCAAUCAUGCUAACUCUAUGGGAAUUAAAUGACUUGAAGAAUCAUAAUCUAUGUAAUUUGGUCAAACUUGUGAAGAUGACGUAUAAAGCAGAAGAGUAAACACUCCAUUUUCCACUUUCUUGAGGCUUAUUAUGCAGGACUGGAAAUUUUUACAAUUUGCCUUAGAAAGAGUGUUCUGUUAUUAUUAAUUGUUAAAGAACUGGUGGGCCUUGACAUCCCAGUAUUCUGUUGGAGGUUAAAGGUCAAUGUAUAGCAUGUCAUCAGGCUGUGUUACUGUAGACAAGUUAGAGAUGCAUUUUACUACUACAACAAAGUUCUAUAUGAUAUUUUUUUUUUUUAAAUUCAAAAUGUAUGAAAAAAUAAACACAGAAUACAAGUUCAGAAUAUUUGCACUGCAGACUAUUAUCAUGCACAUGUCUGCAGGAUCCUGGAUCUGUAUUGCAUAAUCUUAAUUUAAUAAAGUUACUUUGUUGAAUUUGCAUGAUCUGAUAAAAUACAAAAAUGUUCAUACGAAGGAACUUAUGCCUUAUUGCCUUAUUGUUGAAUAAUAAAUUGUUAUAUUUCUACCAA